AUGGAUUUAUAUACACCUUUCUAUAUAGAAUUGGCCACUUUUUUAGCAUUUUCAGCUAAAAUAUAUGAUUUUUUUAUUAUUCAUAUUUAUAUGAAAUAUUUCAAAUGCAGCCAACGGGACCUGAAAAAGUUCUAAAAGGCGAGAAAGCGAAGAAAGGAAGAAAAUAGAUUUCAAUACCAGUGAAGUGUUAGAAGAAGGCAGAAAAUUAGAAAUUAUUAGAAGAAAUCUGCUGAUAAAUCGCUUUCGGAACAAAAAAAAAGUAUUCCAAUGUAAAGUCCCAACAUUUGUAGCCGAUGAGGAAACUAGUGUUUCACCAAGGCACAUAAGCCAGGACUCUGGGGUGAGAAAUGAUAUUGCUAUAUUUAAUAUAAAUGUGUCUGCAAUUAAAAGCCAAGACUCAAGACCUCAUACCCAAGGAAAAUAUGAGACAAAGUCACUUAUCAAUAGGAGAAACUCAGAAGUCAGGUCAAAUCCUGAAGGAAAAAGAACGAAAAAGCAGCCAAUUAUAGAAUUUAGGCCAGAAAUUAUUGAUGUCAUUGACAAUAAAUGAAGCAACAUCUCCGUUGUGGAGCCAGAAACUAAGUACUCAUUUUUAGAAAACAAGCCCAAACAAAGGACUGCAAUUUAUUAUGUGGAGGAUAUUUUUGAUCCAGAAAAAAGAGAAAAUGCAAGACCUGUUACUAGUGAAAGAAGAAGCCGAUGCGAAUAUAGCAAUUCAAAAAUAAAUCUCUGGCUUGACUAAAUGGGUUAUAAGGCUAAUACAUAUUUUCUAUAUAAAUUUACAGUAAAGUUAAUUAAUUAUAGGAUAGCUUUUAAUGAAAGCACUAAAAUGUACUCAAAUUUUAUUAGCAGACAAGCAAAAAAAAGCCCAAAAAAUAUCCAGCUUUCAUUUAGUCAGCCAAAACAAACCAAAACAGGCCGUUUAGAAUUUUCUAUCCCAAGACCUCUUCGAACUCGAAGGUCAAAUGAAGCCUGGACUUAUUUUGCCUGCGGAAAUCAAAGUAUUUUUGACAUUUCCGAUCUAUGUAAUUUCUAA